CACGUCAAUAUCCUGAGUAGAAGAGCCCUUAUGCCACGUCACCGGCCGUAUUUCUAGAGUGCCUGUGGAGAACCGUUCUGUUACGAGAUUCCUCCCGCAUCUUCCGCACCCUGGAAGUUUUCUGACGCUGCAACGCAAUGUGUUCGGGAGGUUAUUUCGUUACAUAAACAUCGAGAAGGCGUGGUGAGAUCUCUCGGAUUGGCUACCGACUAUUCUUCGCAGCGACGAUCUCUCGGGGAAGGACAUAGUCAGUGUCUUCGACCGCUGCCAGAGACGACAUGGGAUGAUGGCGAUCACCCGUGCUACACCGGGCGCACUGACGCUGUCCUCAACGGUCAAUAUUAACCUGCGCGACCGUCCAUCGAAGUUGUCGAUAGAAUAGGCAGCGCCGAUGCUGUAGAGACUGCGGGGAAUCAUGGGUACGUGGCAGCACGUUCCUCGAUCCGAUCAGGACUCAGGCGUGUUUGUGCGCUUUGCACUAGCGUCCAGGGGCGCGUAGGGCGGCGAUAAGCCCUGCGUGGGACCCACCUUUCUUUUGUCCGCCAUCGUUCGACAACACUUCCCCGCAAGCUUGCAGGGACUCGUAUGAAAUGGGCGGCCUUAUGGCAGGCCUUUAGGGUCAGCAACGUCAUGCGAACUCCACGAUGCCUGCCGGCGUUGCCCGUUAGGUCACCGCGCUCUGCGCAUCCUAGAUGGAACUCGGCUCGUCGCUUGAUGUGCGCUGUGCUCAAAAACCUCGAAGCUAAAAGCACGUCGUCCAACCCCGUUGUUCUCCACCAUGGAUCAUCUCCCCACCGAACUACUCGAAGCUAUCUUCACUCUCUGCUGCAACGAUGGGGGUCGCACCGGUAUCUCCCUGGCUCUUGUGUCGAAAUAUGUCCGAGCCGCAUCUCGCACUAGUCGGUUCUACUCCGUCGCCCUUCGCUCCGGCUCUGCAUCACAACUACACCAUCUGCUAUCCCUCCUCACAGCAGAACGUGCCAUCGACAGCCCAUUGAAACCCCGGGUCAGGCACCUCUACAUCGCUUCUCCAAAGACACAUAUGGACAACUUCCUAUACUCUUACUACCGCCAAGGAAGCCAACGUCCAGCCGAAGUUGAGGGUCUGGCCGAGCAGUACAGUCAGGAGCGCCUUGCCUUCAUCACGAACAUCUCGUUGCUGCUCCGAAUGGUAGCCGCCGAGGUCGAGACGCUCUGCUUGGCACAGUCCGGCGAUGCGUGCAGGUGGACGGCAGAAAUUCCAUUAUACGUGCCCGAGGCAGAGUGCGGCGAGUUUUCGGCGCUGCGCGAACUCACUAUCGUGGGGGGCGGCAUGACGUUCUCCAACGCAUCCACGAAGGGCUCCAUUGUAUAUCCCCGUCUCUCUAGGUUGCACCUCGUCGGAGCCGCUACACGCCUAGAGCGAUGGACGGCGCGGGCCCCGAACAUCUCGUGCUUGUGCGUUUCCGACGAGCGCGGACAUAUGUACCAGGAGGUGGCGCGGGUCGCCCACAGAGAUUCUGAGGACACAUCCGUCGUCUUCGUCGGCUUGAAACAAUUCGUCAUACAACCUUACGGUUCUGCACUUCUCCAGCCCGGGAAUCCGGCUGCUUUGCCGUGGGACAUCCAAGCACCAGGGUUCAACGAGUGGCAACUCGGAUGGCUGACGAGGAACGCGGUUCAACCAUUCCAUCUCCGGCCGACGAAGCUUGUACCUGGAUCAGAGGGUAGCUGGGAGGAUAUCACGCUACGAGAAUGGUUAGACCGAAUCGAUGGUGGGGACGGGUGCUGGACGAUGCAGAUUGAUGUUGGCCAGCGGUCUCCCUCGACCAGUAGCGUAUAGAGUACUUCUGCAUAUGCACAUGUGUUCUUCUGAGCUAUAGUUGUCGAGGCUCAGCGCAUUGGUGACAUGUACAUAGAGUAUAGAGUUCCUCUCGGUCCUGGAUUCAAAUCGUCAACGAUGAUGUGCGGAGGCUGUACUGUCGAUAAGUACUUCUAUGUACUGAAAAAUAUCUACCGC